UCUCCAAGACAUUUUUUCCCAUAAGGAGCGUUUUUGCGGCGCUUUUAUUUUGAAAUAAUGAACUAGAAAUUUUCCUGCAGUCUGUCAGCCUUGACUCAGGAGUUGCUAAGGCAUGAGCGCCAUAGCAACCGGCUCAACAGUGAAGGAAACGUGGAGAUUUUAAUGUUCAUGUUGUUUAAACACACGUGGAAGAAGAAAAUGAUGAUGAUGAAGGGUCCCUUCCAACCAUCGAGACCGGAUACAGAAACAUCCAAAUGAGGUAAAAAUGCCAGGAACUAAAGUCAUCAAGCCUAAACCAGUCGAUACAACGAGGAAAACCCAGGAGAGACCCAAAGCAGCCAAAGAGUCGCAGAGUGGGCUCCGAGUUCCCGCUGUGCGUAAAAGCCGAGCCUCUAGCUGUCCGAGAAACCCGCAGCCUGAGCGGUGCCAGAGACCGGCCGGCGGGGCGCAGGGGUCACCCUCCAAACCAGGGAGCGAGAGGAGAACCAGGUCCACCUCCACUGCCCCCAAACCUCCACAGAACUGCUCCAAAGCGAACCGGGACUGCAGGAGGGCCAAUCAUGCCGCCGUGGAGCCCAAAUAUCAAAGAGAGCAGAGGGCAGUCCGAGCUGAGGCCAAGUACACAACAAGCCACAGUAACAAAGCUUUCACCGUCAUCCCCCCGAACCCCAAGAAGAGAAGAGAGAUCCAGAAAAAGGCGGAGGCGGAGCUCGCCGCUUUAGAGGAGCUGCGUCUGAGCCGAGCGAUGGCGUACGUUUCCAUUAACCCCAGCAGUGUCGGUGGCUGCAUGAGUCUGGAGGAAGUACGCUCGAAGCAGCAGCAGGAAAUGAUGCUGGCAAAGAAGAAGCAGAAACCGAUGAAGAAGCCGGUGUUGGAGGAAGCGUCCGUCCUGACGAGCUGAGCGUCUCCUCCCGCCUCGACUCCUCGCUGCAGCUGAAACACAGAAAUCACAUGUUUAAGGAGCAAACUUUGAAUAAGUAUUUUUAGUGAAAUAUUUACAGAUGAAAAAACAAAUAUCAGAGCUCACAUAUGUCAUCGUUGUUGUCAUAUAGUGGUUUGAUUAUGGUUGUUUAGGCGUUUCAAAGUUCUGUGAGUAGCUUUGUGGUCGAAUGAAAACUUACUUUUUAUCCAAGUUUAAAUAGAAAAUAACUUUAUUAACAGGUCGAUGACUCAAACAUCUUCCUCCGAGGUUUCAGCCAUCACGUCAGUAACAUGGAGCUCAGGGAAUCUUAUAUGUGCAGCUCAAACUAUGCAGCCAUCUCUGGCCUGAAUGUGAUAAAUAUAAACAGUUUUGUGCUAACACAGGUGGUUCACUGCUCACAGGUACUCCAGUCUUUCACCUGUUGAAUGUGUUUGGUUAGAUUCACUUUUCUAUGCAGGAUUCUGUUGUAUUUUCUUUACCUUUGUUUUUAUUUUAUUUGUAGUUUUCAUUAAAUCUGCAGCUGUGUCCAACAGACUGAGUCCGUGUGUUCAAGCUGCAAACACCGGAAAUAAAAAUGUUUGCUGCAACAAA